AUGGCACCCAUCAAGCGACCUUCGGCUACACUGCCUGAUGAUUCCAGCGACGAUGAGUCUGUAGCUUCGAGAACAGGCCAAGCCUCUUCGAAGAAACGUAGACGAACCGACGACGGGAGACCGCAUGUGCGUGAAGACGUUUACAGCAGCGAAGAAGAGCGAGACCGGUCGCGUUAUUACGAUGGCACGCCGGACUCGGACGAAGAGGCUGGCUACGAGCAAAAUGCCACGCAGGCGGUACGAGAUAAAUACCGCGAGGAUGCGCAGAAUGCACCGAUGGACUGUGGGAUCCUGGAGAGUGUGCACGUUAUCAAUUUCAUGUGCCACGAGAACUACAUGUUCGACCUCGGUCCUCUGAUCAACUUCAUAUGCGGCAAGAAUGGAAGUGGGAAGAGUGCAAUCCUCACCGCCAUUACUUUAUGUCUCGGCGGCAAAGCUUCAUCUACCAAUCGUGGCCAAAGCCUCAAGAGCUUUAUCAAGGAAGGCAAAGAGAAUGCUAGCAUUACGGUCAGAAUUAGAAACGAGGGUGAUGGAGCUUAUUUGCCUGAAGUAUACGGUAAUACGAUUAUGGUCGAGCGAUACUUCAGUCGAUCGGGAACAAGUGGGUUCAAAUUGAAAUCGCAGCAAAAUAAGGUAGUCUCAGUUAGAAAGGCUGAGCUGGACGAGAUUUGCGACCAUUUUGCUUUGCAAAUCGACAAUCCUAUGAAUGUCCUCUCACAGGAUUCUGCGCGGCAAUUCAUUGGAAGCUCAAGUCCAGCGGACAAGUACAGAUUCUUCGUCAAAGGAGUCCAGUUGGAGCAACUCGAUCAGGACUACAGAAUCGUUGAAGAGAAUCUGGACAACAGCGAGAGCAAGUUGGGUCAGAAGCAAGACGAUGUCAAAAUCCUCAAAACAAAGAUGGAGAAAGCCAAGCAACGACUCGCAAUGUCUGACAGACACGAAGGUAUCCGGGACAGACAACGCAACUUCCGUCGACAGCUUGCUUGGUCGCAGGUAGAAGAGCUGGAACGAAUGGCAGAGAAUUAUGAGGUCGCCAUUCAGGACGCAAACAGGAAGAUCGCUGGCGCGGAAGAGGUAGCCGCUAAGCUCGACCAGGAUUACCAAGCCGCGGAUCAAGAAUCCACCGAGGCGACUGAAGCUUAUCAUCGUGCAGAAGAAGAAGUACGCAAAAUUGAGGAUGAAAAGAAAGAAGCCAAAGCUGCGCAGGAUGAGAUCAUGAAAGGGGUCAGAGAUGCUCAGGCUGAUCAGAGACAGCUACGAGAGUCUCUCAAAAACAACGAGGCCGUCAUCAAGGCGAGACGGAGGGAGAUCGAGGAAGAGAAAGAGAGGUUGGCCGAGCUCGAUGGUGGUGGGGCUGCUGUUCGGCUUGCCCAGCUUGAGGAGGCUCAAGCAAAUGCCGCCGCAGCGCACCGAGCUUAUGAAGAGCAUCAAGCCCUUCGAGAUGGCCUAGAAGCAAGGAUUCCUGAGGCACAGCAAGAAUGUAGAGAACGAGACCAACCACUUCGAGCCAAAAGGGACGAUAUAGAAAGACGCCAGAGGGACAUCGAAAAUCUGUCGCGAGAUCGCAAUCAACAGGACGGCGCGUUUCAUGUAAAAAUGCCAGCCUUGAUACGAGCAAUUCAGAACGAACGGUCAUUUGCUCAACCGCCGGUUGGCCCCGUAGGUAAAUACGUUCGACUUCUCAAACCUGAAUGGUCGUCCAUUAUCGAGAAAUCCUUUGGACAAACACUGAGCAGCUUCAUCGUCACCAGCAAGAAUGACAUGAAUAUUCUGAAUCGAGUUAUGAAUCAAGUCAAGUGCACCUGUCCUAUCAUCAUUGGCAACAACUACGCCCUCGACACCACACCCAAUGAGCCUGACCAGCAGUUCAUGACUGUCCUCCGUAUUCUUGGAAUCGACCACGAUCUCGUCCGAAAACAGCUCGUCAUACAGCAUGGUAUCGAGCAAACCAUCUUGAUUGCUGACAUGGAAGAAGCAUCGGAAGUACUGUACGGGAGGGACCGCCCCCGUAACGUCAAAAGAUGCUACACUUUCGAUCCCAACACAAAGCGGAGAGGUCUACACUUGACGUACACGCGGAGUGGUGAGGCUAGUCAAGAUCCUAUUGCUGAGUGGAAUGGUGCGCCCCGCAUGCGAACUGACAUCGAAGCUCAAGUUCGGCUUCGUGAAGAGGCGCUUCAACAAUCCAGACAGCAGCUGAACCAACUCGAGAACGCGCUACGGUCUGCGCGAGAUGUGCUGGAAAAAGCCAAGCAGGCGGUGACAAGACAUAAGAGGAGAGAGGCAGAACUGAAAGUGAGCUAUCAGCAAGCGGAUGACGAAGUGGAGAGGCUCCAGGACGCCAUCAAUCAAGACAGUGUCGAAGGUGGAAAGCUGGAUGUGCUCAAACAAGCCCUGACCGAGGCUGAGGAAGCAAAGGCGCUGGAUGAGGGAUCAUUUCAGGAUGCUGUGGUCGCUCUCGACGAGAAGAAAAGGCAGUUGAGCGCAGCGAAAGCUGAGUUGACGCGAUUAGACCAGGAAAUUGCAGUCUUACAAACCGAGAGCAAGAAAAAGGAAGCAGAAGCCCAGAGACUAUCAAAAAGACGGGCGACACUACUUGGUGAUAAGAAUGCGGCUAUUGUCCGCAUUGACGAUGGAAAACAGGAUCGAGCAAGCAUACAGCGAGAAUCCGAGCAGCAUCAGAUCAAGCUAGCCGACUUCAUUGAGAACGCUACCAAAGUCUCCCCACGCAUCAACGUUGACGAGGGUGAGACGUAUCAGAGUCUCAAGUUGAAGUAUGAGAAGUUGCAGAGAGACUUGCAGAGAUAUGACAAUCAGUUGAGAUCAACGCGGGAGCAGAUAGCCUUGGAGGCUGCUCAGACCGAAGAAGCCUACAGAAAUGGUCUUCAGCAGAUGGAGGACCUUGAGAGGCUGGGUCAAGCACUGAAGAAUGCACUCAUCACACGCCGAGAUCGCUGGGCCAAAUUCCGGAGCUUCAUCUCUGCUCGCGCAAAGGCGCAAUUCACCUAUUUGCUCAGCGAAAGAAGCUUUCGUGGCAAGCUCUACGCCGACCACAAGCACAAAUUGCUUGAUAUUCAGGUCGAACCCGAUAUCACUAAGAGAGACGGAUCUGGUCGUGGUGCGAAGACACUAUCCGGUGGCGAAAAGUCCUUUUCGCAGAUAUGCCUGUUGUUAUCGAUAUGGGAAGCAAUGGGGUCGCCCAUUAGAUGCCUGGACGAAUUUGAUGUCUACAUGGACUCGGUCAAUCGGAAGAUGAGUAUUGACUUGCUAAUUUCUGCUGCGCGGCAGAGCAAGGGUCGACAGUUUAUUCUCAUCACUCCUGGGUCAAAAUCUGAAAUCAAGCUGGAUUCCGAUAUUCACGCCAAAGAACUUGCCCCUCCGGAGAGAGGCCAAGCAACAAUCUCCUUUGAUAGGGUUUGA